AUGAGUUUUAGCAAGCCAGAAAAUGAGACUUGUUUUGAAAAGCUCUUGCGAGAAUACAAUGAUCUUCUACAACGCAAGCCAGUUCUUACCAAAGCAGUUUCUAGCUCAAUAAUAUCUGCAGUGGGUAAUAUAUUGUCUCAGUUGCUAGCACCCCAUGCUGGUAGUGGUGGUAAGAUUGUGUGGAGAAGUACUUUCGCCUACUCAUGUUUUGCAUUAAUGUUUAAUGGACCAUUGUUACAUUUUUUUCACCAGUAUUUAGAUAAUGUAGUUCCUAAGAAGAAAGACAAGACCUCAGCAAUGAAACGUGUUAUUUUUGAUAGAUUUAUAUUUGCACCUCCGUAUCUGUUUAUAUAUUUAUAUGUAAUUGCACUACUAGAGGGACAUGGCACAAGUGGAGCUAAGCAAAGAAUAAAAGAAGUAUAUUGGAUGUUAUUACAAUUAAAUUGGAAAAUAUGGACUUUUGUACAAUAUUUUAAUUUAACUUACGUGCCAGCAAAGUAUCGAGUGUUGUUUGGAAAUCUAGUGUCUUUGAUAUGGACAACUUAUAUUUCUACAAAAAGAAAUAAUGCUCAAUAAAUAACUAGUUUUUAGGGUCAAGAUAGGAAAAGGUUGCUGAAUUCUGUGCAAUAUUCAGUUAUUUCCCUUCUUACUAGACAUUCCAAUAGCAAUGUAUAAUAUUGUAAUGCCUGGCCGAUUUUUAUCAAAUUGUACAUGGGUAUAAUCUAAUAAUUUGACAUUGACUGUUAAGUGAUGGGCAUUUAAACGAUUUCAUUUUGGAAGGUUGAAGGUUUAGUCAACCUGAUGAUGGACUAAAAGCAAUACCUAAAGGAAUUUGUAGAGUCUAUCACUUUGUUUUAAUUUGGUGCUAUGCUAAUUAAAUGCGUUUUAAAUUUUUAUAAGAUUAUAUUAGUUACAUGACAGAUUGGUAAUUGAAGGUUGUUUUUGUCUUGUUGAUUUCUUUUGAAUCUAGUCAGUCAAAUGACGGCAUGAAUUAAUAAAUAAUUUUUUAUGC